AUGAAAUAUUUGGGGGGAUUAUCGAUUGGGAUUCGAUUCAGGAAUGACUACGACGUCAAUGAAUUCCUGAUGAAUGAGAAGUAUUGGGGGAACUGGUUCAGUGAAUUUAAAUUCGGGAAUUCCUAUGACGAGCUACCUGGGAGGAUUGCAUGGCUGAAGAUUAUUGGUCUGCCCUUACACAUGUGGAGUGAAGAAAACUUUGCUCGUAUUGCAGGCACGGUCGGUAAGAUUCUAAGUCCAUCGGAGAUUCCAAUUAGUCUACAAGAUGUCUCUUGUGGAAAGAUUUGUGUUCUUACGGACAGAAAAACGAAAAUCAACGAAGUGGUGGCAGUGGAAUCAAAGAGAUAUAUACUAUGGGUGGGAAUUGCUGAAGUUGAUUUUGACUGGUCUCCCUUUCCAUCGGGUUAUUGGUUAAUGGAAGAUUGUGAUGUGCAAAAUGAAAUUUGUGAUAGGGUGAAUUCGGUAGAGAAUGAUUAUUCAAAUCCUGAGGGUGACGAAGAUGGUAUUUCUGAGAAAGUUAAUUCAACGAGAAGGGAUCCUACUGAUGGAAGAUUGCUCGAUGACGAGUGGGAAGAAGGUGAAAUCCAGAAUGAUGAUGAUAUUGGGGCCGACAAAGCGGCAGUAUCGGAGAUGGGGUCUAUGGAGCGCGAGUCCUCGCCGGAAACCUGGAUGCAGGUGGCUGAAACACCGGUCACAGAAGCUUGA